CUAUGCACUCACCAAAUAGCAUCAUGGCCUCUUGCACCAAAAUCACACACCCUGUGCCACGGCACUUCUCUUUCGGGCUUUGGCUUACGAGCAUUCUUUUGUUCACGGCGGCAACAACGCCGACGACGAAGGGGUGCGUAGAGGGCGAGAGGGACGCCCUCCUCGACUUCAAAACCGGCAUCGUCAAGGAUCCUUCCAGCCGUUUGUCAUCAUGGCAAGGCCGAGUAGACUGCUGCAGAUGGAGCGGGGUGGUCUGUGACAACGGCCAUGUCGUGGAGCUCAACCUCCAGAAUUCCGACCCUGAUAACGAUGAGAUGUCUAUCGGAGGUGAGAUCAGACCAUCCUUGCUCCUGCUAACUCAUUUGGAGCGUCUCAACCUCAGCCACAAUGACUUAUCGACCGAUGGCCUGCACUGGCUCUCGCGUCUCACUUCCUUGAGAUACCUCGACAUGAGCUUUGUGAACCUUUCCAUGGCCUCCCACGAUUGGCUUCAAGCGGUGAACAUGUUGUCCUCACUAGAGGAGCUACAUUUAUCAGACUGUGGCCUCACCGACCUCCCCUCUUCUCUUUCCCAUGUCAACCUCACAGCACUGGCCACUCUGGACAUCAGUGACAACCUCUUCAACUCCACCAUCCCCAACUGGCUAUGGAAACUCCACAGACUCUCUUAUCUUGAUCUCAGUUUUUCUAUGUUUCAUGGUGCCAUACCCGCUGGGAUUGGAAAUUUGGCCGAUCUAAGAGAACUUCAUCUUAGUGAUAAUUCACUUUCUGGUCCCAUACCCACUGAGAUUGGAAAUUUGAAUAGUCUAGAACUUAUCAAUCUCACGAAUAAUUUACUCUCUGGAUCGUUACCUACUGAGAUCGGCAAGCUUUGCAACCUCAAUAUUCUUUCUCUCUCUAGUAAUUCCCUAGAGGGCACCGUGUCUGAACUCCAUUUCGCUCGCUUAACCAAACUAAGUGAGCUCGAUCUAUCUGAAAACUCCCUAGUCAUCUCAGUAGACUAUAAUUGGGUUCCCACUUUUCAACUCCAAUCCAUUCAACUGAAGUCUUGUAAGUUGGGGCCUGCAUUUCCAAGAUGGCUCCGUUCACAAAACUCCAUUGAGGAUUUGGAUUUGUCGAACACAAGCAUCGAGGACGUCUUGCCCGAUUGGUUUUGGAAUAUUUCCGCUUUUUCUAUAAAUCUCUCCCAAAAUCAGAUUAAUGGUACUUUGCCAACUUUCUUGGAGCAAAUGACAAACCUAGCCACUCUGAAACUAAGUAUGAAUUUGCUUGAAGGCCCUAUUCCUCGUUUGCCACCUUCCUUGAGUUAUUUGUAUCUGCAAAAUAAUUUCUUUUCGGGAUCGUUGUCAUCAAUUUCUCUCCCACUAGAAUUGGAACUGUUGGAUCUCUCACAUAACCAUAUCAAUGGGAGCAUACCAUCAUUUAUCUGCAACUUGCCACAACUUCGCAUCCUCGAUCUAUCGAGCAACCAAAUAUCAGGUGAAAUCCCUUGGUGUUGGCAAGAGACAAACUUCCUUUUCUACAUUAAUCUAGCAGAUAAUAAGCUCUCGGGAGAAAUUCCUAGCUCUAUUGAAAAGUUGACUCAGCUUCGGUCUUUGCACUUAAACAAUAAUAGUCUACAUGGGCAUCUUCCGUUGUCAUUGAAAAAUUGCAGUGGACUGGUUUUUCUUGAUCUUGGCGAUAAUAAAUUCUCAGGUAGCAUACCUACUUGGAUUGCACAAAACUUUCAAAAACUAGAGGUACUCCGACUAUGCUCAAAUAUGUUUUUUGGUAACAUUCCUAUAGAGCUCGGACAACUUCAUCAUCUACAUAUUAUCGACCUUGCUAAUAAUAAUUUAUCAGGGCCAAUUCCACGCUCCUUUGGCAAUUUAAAUGCAACAAAAUCUUAUAGGCAACGAAAAUUGACUAGUAUAACUUAUAGAGCAUUGACUGCGGGUCACCCUGUUUUGUCGAAUUUUGAUGGCACUUAUGAUGAUAGCAUCACUCUAACUAUAAAGGGAAAUAGUCUCAUCUUUUCGAUCAUUGUUUACCUUGUCAAUAUUAUAGACUUUUCAAAUAAUAAUUUGACUGGAGAAAUCCCAGAAGAAAUUGGGUCUCUUUCGGCACUCCAAACUUUAAAUCUAUCAAGAAAUAAUCUUAUCGGUCAAAUACCAGCGACAAUCGGUGGCAUGAAAUUAUUGGAAACUCUGGACCUGUCAUUUAAUAAGUUAUCCGGAGGCAUUCCUCAAAACUUGGCAGACCUGUAUUCUCUGAAUCACUUGAAUUUGUCUUACAACAAUCUAUCAGGAGUUAUUCCUUCGGGAAAUCAACUACAAACUCUCAAUAACUCAUUCAUUUAUAUUGGCAAUGCAUAUCUAUGUGGAGCUCCCCUCACCAAGAGUUGUUACCAUCUUAAAAGUAACAAUGUGACAAAAGAAGACAACAAAGACGGAUCCUUUAUGCCAUCAUAUUAUCUGAGUAUCAUACUAGGAUAUUUGGUUGGAUUAUGGAGCGUGUUUAUCAUUAUGCUGUUCAAGAAAAAUUGGAGGGUUUUCUAUUUUCAGAUGUUUGAUAAAAUAUAUGAUAGAGCUUAUGUUGUCAUCAAAAUAAGAAUCAAUAGAUUAACAACUGAUUGAGGGUGAGGACGCCAUCAAAAGUCAAUGUAAUAAGAGUAUCUUGUGUGUUGUAUCCAUAAUAAGUUUGAAUCUUGCAAGA